UCAACUUUGGAAAUUCGUCGAAUUAUCAUUUGACAUUUUUAUUUCUGACUUGUGCAAUUCAUUCCAGCUUUGGCAGGCUGUACAGCUUUUAGGAAUUGUAUUGGCCUCUGUUGUUAUUUUUCUACUCUGAUGUUGAAAAUAUCGCAAUUUCAGAGUAUUUAAAUGGAGAAUGAAAUGCUUGUUACAUCUAAAAAUAUAACAGGAAAUGGAGAGAUUGACCGUGGAAUUAAUGAAUGGCUUCGAAUGGACAAGAACACCAAGACUGUAGCGGAGGUAAAGAAACUUAUAUCUGAUAAAAAUCAUGAUGAGCUGCACAAGCGAUUCUGUAGCCGAAUAUCUUUUGGAACUGCUGGCCUUCGAUCAAAAAUGGGUGCUGGCUUUACGUAUAUGAACGAUUUGACUGUAAUUCAGGCUUCACAGGGGCUUUGCAAGUAUGUUCAGGAUCUGUUUUCUAACGUUAAGGAGAAAGGCAUUGUUAUUGGUUUUGAUGCAAGACAUAACAGUGAAAGAUAUGCAUUUUUGGCUGCAACUGCAUUCUUGAGUCAAGGAAUUAAAGUGCAUUUAUUUGGAAAAAUAGUGCCAACUCCUUACGUGCCUUACACCGUCAAGAAAUAUAAAUGUGCUGCUGGAGUCAUGAUCACUGCUUCACAUAAUCCAAAAGAAUACAACGGUUAUAAGGUGUACCUUGAUAAUGGUGCACAAAUAAAGUCGCCACACGAUACACAUAUUUCCAGAUGUAUUCAGGAAAACCUUGAACCUUGGGAAUCUUCAUGGGAAAUAGACCUGAUUAAGACCAGUCCUCACAGAACUAAUCCUCUUGAGGAUAUAAAUAAUUUGUACUUUGAAGAUAUUAUGAAACUAUGCCAUUACAGAAAUGUGAUGGAGUCAAGUCAGCUGAAAAUCACUUACACGCCAGUUCAUGGCGUUGGGUAUGAGUAUGCCAAGAUGGCUUUUGCUGCUUUUGGUCUUAAGCCUUUUGUUUCUGUCCAAGAGCAAAUUGAACCAGAUCCAGAGUUUAGCACAGUUAAAUACCCUAAUCCAGAAGAAGGUAAAAGUGUUCUGGAUUUGGCUGUAAAAACCGCAAAUGAAAACGGCAGCACACUGAUAUUGGCAAAUGAUCCUGAUGCUGAUCGUCUGGGAGUUGCUGAAAAACAAUCAAAUGGUACUUGGAAAAUCUUUUCUGGAAACGAAAUUGCUACUUUGGUUGGCUGGUGGUUGAUGGAAUGUCAUAAGAAGAGUCACCCGAAUGAUAUGCCAGGUCAAAACGUUGCAAUGGCUGCCAGUACAGUGUCCUCACAAAUUCUAAAAACUAUGGCGAAAAUGGAAGGAUUUCUUUAUGACGAAACACUUACUGGGUUCAAGUGGAUAGCAAAUAGAGCCGAUGAAUUUCUGUCGAAAGGAAAGACAGUACUUUUUGCUUUUGAGGAAGCUAUAGGUUUUAUGUGUGGCACUUGUGUACUGGACAAAGAUGGUAUUAGCGCAUGUGUGGUUUUAGCUGAGUUGGCGUGUUUUCUUGCCCAAAAACAAGUAUUAUUGACUCAACAGCUGCAGAAUAUAUUUGACAAAUAUGGCAUUCACGUUACCUUCAAUGGCUAUUAUCUCUGUUAUGAUUCAAAAACUAUUGUAAAAAUAUUUCAAAAUAUCAGAAUCAUGAACAAAGGCGAUUAUCCAAAUUUUUGUGGAAAGUAUCAAAUCGUUGGUUUGCGAGAUCUCACGACGGGAUUCGACAGCAUGCAACCUGACAAGAAAGCUACUCUUCCUGUGAGUUCUUCAAGUCAGAUGAUUACAUUUUAUUUUGAUAAUGGUUGCACUGCUACCCUAAGAACCAGUGGAACUGAACCGAAGAUCAAAUACUAUUCUGAGUUGAUUUCUGAUCCUAGUAAAAGAGAAAAUAAAGAAGUUUGCGAAGGAAAAAUUAAAGAUGUGGUGAAUGUAAUAGUUCGCGAGUUCCUAAAACCUGAGGAAAACGGUUUGAUACCAAUGGCGGAUUAAUUCAUUUAAGGAGUAUUGAUGGAUUCGACGUGUGUGGAGGUGGUAAUGUAUGAUAAAACAACGCAUAAAUUCGGUCUGUAGGCUAUUCCUGAUUAUUAAACGAAAAUAGAUCUGGAACUAUUACUCUUGCAAUAGCUGUAUUGUUUUUGUCUUAUUGUGUUUUAAAAAGUAUAACUGCGUUUCUUUGAAUUUUCAUGUAUUUUUAGUUUAUAAUUUAGCCUGAUGAUUAUUUUGGUUGUGAUAAUAGAUAGAAAUAAUUUUAUCUAUAAAGGACCUCGGAACCGGGUAACCCCCCUUAUCUCCUUUUCUCACUGGCAAAAAUUCAGCAUGUGGCGAAAGUUACUCCCCAUUCCCCGUUUGGAAACAGUCACCGCUGUUUAAAAAGAUAACCAGUCUCAAAAACAUGAAAAUUGCUUUUCGAAUUUCUAAUGCAAGGACUUUUUGUGCCAGAUCUAUUUUUGUAAAUUUUAUACGUGGUAAUGUAAUUACCGACAGGUAUAAACCUACAUAGCAGUCUAAUAUAUAAAUAUAUACACAUAUAUACAAAUAUAUUAAAUUUUAAUGUAUGAUGUCAGCAUACUAUAUGCUUCUUACUAAAAACUCCCUACUUCUAAAUCGUAAAGCAAAAGCAAUAUUUAUCAUUUUCUUUUUCUGAUUAACUAAGUUCAUCAGUCAGGUCGAUUUCAUCAUAGGUUUUCGAACUAUCUGUCCUUAUUUUUACGAAUAACAAAGGUUAAGCAUAAUUUGCUUUUCUAAACUGCUAGCAUUUAAAAUGCUUAUUUGUACGUGUAAUUCGCACACCUAAAAAAAUCACAAAUUAUCGUUUUAACUUCUAAGAUAUUAAGCCACAUAUAUAAACUACUUCAAAAUGAACUGAGAGUUACGUAUUUGUAUAGAAAAAUAACUAAAAAUUUUUGAUACGUCCAUACUUAUCGAUAUUCAACUCUUGUGAAUAAAUCUGAAAAUGCAUAGAUGAUUGGAGAAGAUACAUAUAGUGUUUGUUGUUUUCAUCAUAGGACUUUUCAUGGGAUUAUUAAACAUAUCACUUUUUGAGAGAACAACUGAAAGUGAAUAAUCAUGAAAAAGUUACGUAUUUUCGUAUCAUUUAUAUUUUUACGAACGUCAGUGCUAUUGACGUUUUAUCUGUCGUAUAUACAGUAUGUUGAUAAAAUGUUUAAUCAAA